GUUUUCCGCCCAGACCCCGGGAGAGCUGAGGGAUGUGACUUGCAGCCGGUGACGGCGGAGCCACCCAUCACCCUGUCCUACGCCACCAGCACAGUGCCGCGGGGCUGCGUUAGCAGCGGCUCUGUGGGCACCGGCCAUGAAGUUCACAUCCUCAGCGUCGAGUGGUCCAAGGCUUCUGCCUUCCCACUGAAGGUGUCCGUCACACCGCGAGCUGGUGGCUGCACCCGGCCAGCGGUGCUUGUCCUCCUGUGUGCCCACUGCUCGGCCGUCGUCACCUCCCCGUGCCCAGACCUGCUCAUCCGCACUGGUGACAACCCGCCGGGAAGAAGCAUGGUUCCAGGGGAGAUGCUAUGGGGACCGAUGCCAUCUGACACCAGCAGCCCCCAGGACUGCGUCCCUCAGGAGCGCUUCGAUGCCAUGCCGCACCUCGAGACCGAAGUCUUCUUCCACGGGGUGAAGGGCUGCUCACGUGGGGAUGUCCAGAGCACCAGGGCUGCCCACAUCAUCCGCCUGCAGCCCGAGCCCAGCUUCCCCAUCACAGAGGUGAACCUGUCCCUGAGCUGUCCUGAGAGACCCGUGAGCAACCAGAUCCUCAUCCUCCAGAGUCGGGCCAACCUCACCUGGUCCCUCUCUGUCAACAACUGCCAUAUCCAGUUCCUGGUCUCUGGGAACUACAAGAUCGCACCCAUCUCCUCGCUGCUGCUCCCCGGGAAGCUCCUGCCCGACACGGAGAGGGGUCUCAUCGCCAAAGCCUUCGAGAAGAACUACAGCGUCAUCGCCUCCUACUCCACCAUCCCCACCAGUGCCCGUGUCAGCCUGGAGAUCCAUGAGCAUGAGGCAGUCAGGAGGGCGCCUGCAACAACGAACCCCCCAGUCCCCACUGCCGACUCGCUGCCCAACGUGCUGCUGCUCAUGCUCCAGCCCUGGAAGUGCACAGAUGAAACCAUGGAGAUUGUCAUCGCCAGGUCCCACCUGGAGCCCAUCAAGGAUGUGGUGAACAUCACCCUGCGGGACAUCAGCUGCCAGGCAGAGAAAAACGCCACUCACUUCAUGCUGAAAACCCCCCUCAGCCACUGCGGGACCUCGCUGGAGGGCAAGGGCCACGCCAACAAUGAGCUCAUCCUCAACCUGGCCAAGGGCGCAGCGCUCCGGAGUGUGCGGGUGGCCUUUCAGUGCAAGAUCCCACGGGAGCUCUUCCUGCGCCUCUUCCCCACUGCUGCCUUCGAGGCGCCGCAGAUGGAGCUGGAGGUCAAUAAGGAGGCCUUCGUGCAGGCAUCCAUGCGGUGGGAGGACCACCCGGCUGACCUGCAGCUGAAGGAGCGCUGGCUGGGGGCGCCGGGGGGGGAGGUGCAGGGCGGAGAGGCGCGCGGCGCGGGGGUGGCCGUGCUGGAGGGCCCCCCAACGGGCCGCGGGAGGAAGGUCUGGCGCUUCCGCUUCACCUACGCUGUCCCCGAGGGCGGCCGCGUCCCCUUCUCUGCCACCCUCAAGUGCAAGGCCGGCUUGCAGAACAACACCAUCUUCGAGAAGGUCCUGGAGGUGACGGUGAAGGACAGCUGGCGGCCACCCAACAACCGCGGGCUGGGGCUGGCCGCCGUCCUGGGCAUCACCUUUGGUGCCUUCCUCAUCGGGGCGCUCCUCACCGCCGGGCUCUGGUACAUCUACUCGCACACCCGGGAAUGA